UUCCUCAGCGCGAGCUUCAGGUUGCGUUUCGCAGUAAAGGCAGAAGCGUCACAGGCUGGUAGCUGCUGGCCCGGGUUGUGGUGGUGCAUGAGAGGCUGACUCAGAUAGUCAAGCAACAAGUGUGCGUACGGACGUGCGGCUGAGAGCUCCGUCCCGCACCUUAGAAUAGUAGUGGCCUUCCGUUCAUUACGCGUACGGAUAGUGAAGAGUGAAUACAUUUAACGGUUUCAUACGAUCUUUUCGUUCGCCCUUUACACAGGGUGACAUGGUUACUCUUAGACAACGAGGUGUUAGCCCGACUAUGGCCAUCGACGCCAGUGGAGUUUGGCCAAGCGCAGCUGGUCGUCGCGGCAGCAUCACCAGCUACAAGUUCCGUGUUCGGGAGGAACGCAAGAAAGUGAUCCGCAUCUCCAACGCCAAGUACCGCACCAUAGAGGAUCACGAGAGCGGCCUAAGGAGAUUUGUACUCAUCAGGAACACUCUGAGACGCCUGCAGCGCGAGGCUCGCGAGGAGAAGUUGGCUCGUCACCGCGCUGGUGCCACGAAUGUGUCGCCGUCCUACCUGUCUGCCUCUCGGCCCCGCUCCCCCUCCCCGCCCUGCGACAUGCAAGUGUCUGACGUGCUCAGUGUGUACGGCCAGCCUGCCCCCACGCCCAUCUCCGCCCUCGAGGAAGACGACCCGGUGCCGGCGCCCAAGAGGCCCAGACUCUUCCUCGAUGACGACAAAGAGAACGAGCGUGGCUCUUGCGAGUCGCGGCUGAUGGAGUGCGGAGUGGACGACAAGGACGACUCCAGGAUCAUUGUCGACGACACGCAGGAGAUCCUGCGGGAUCUGUACGAAACUUUUACGGGAGAGUCAAUCAGCGCCCAGCCCCGCCCCUCGACGCCCACGCCGCCUCGCCCAGACACGCCAUUCGCCGCCCCUGCCUACUCCUGCACCCUACCUUCCACCACCACGCCCUCCCUCACUUCUACAAACAACAGUAGCAGCUCCAGUACCAAUAAUAACACUAGUAACUAUACAAACAGCUACAGCAGCAGUAUGGGUACCGGGGGCAGCAGCUACCAUGACUGGGGCAGGACACAGCAACAGCAGUAUGCGUGUGGCCACGCCUCGCUUUUGGGAAACGACCUGCAGUCCGUUGUGUUCCACAGCCUCAUUGCUUCGCUCGAGUCGUAACGCGCGAUGUGUGCUGCUGAUGAAACCCAGCAGCAGCAACAGCAACAGUAGCAGCAGCAGCAGUGACAGCGGAGGUGGUUCUCCCCCCCUCACGCUGCCUGCAGUGCCAUGCCAAAGAGGUGCAAUCACUGGCGGGUGGCCCCCAGAAGCCGUGUGAUUUCAUCAAGUGUUCCCAGCUGUGAUCUUACCAUUAUUAACGCGGAGCUCUGACUCGUCCAGUGCCUGAAUGUUGCGUCACCCGCGAGCGCCCUCGGAAGAGGAGCCGCCUGGCGAGGUGGCCCGGUUCGUCUCGUAGUGUUUGCCGGUGCUGAUGGUGACGGUGUAGAAGAGGACUUUCGUCUUCAGGAAGGGUAGGCAAGACUCCAGGCCGCUGCCACGCCUGAGGAGGCAGGGUGGCUGGAGCAGCACCUUCAGUAGUGUGACUUUGGUGAGCCUUCCUUGAUUAAUUACCUGAUGAGGAAGGGAGUAUCCGUGGACAUUGUAUAUUAUUACAAGAUCAUUCACUUGCAUCAUUCAUCGCGAGUCGCUCUCAUGACAUUCAUUGAACGAGAUCAGUGAUAUAUAUAUAUAUAUAUAUAUAUAUAUAUAUAUAUAUAUAUAUAUAUAUAUAUAUAUAUAUAUAUAUAUUCGCACACAGACACGUACAUCAUCAUCGUCACAUUCUUUACAUGGUCAUAUCAUCGCUGUCGUUGUCUUAAUCAUCACCGUCAGUAGUUCAUCCUCGCCACAAUUACCCUCGGCAGUUUAGUCUCAACCGAAUUCUUAGUUCUCCCUUCACAUUUGAGGGUUUGGCCGCUUAACUCAAAUCUUAUAGUCGGUGGAACGCCCGAUGAAAGAGAAAAUUGAAAAAAGGAAAGUUUAUCUCAAGGAAAUCCUUGAAGAUUUUUUUUCCUACUGGAGACAAAGCCACCAGCCCUUUUCAAUUCCGCUCAAGUGGAAGGGCUGUUCUAACUGAGAAUUUGGAAAUGCCUGCAAGUGCUCGCCUAUACAGCCCCGAGGGAAGGAGGCAGAACGCAGCAGGGCCCAUGACAAAAUUAUGCCAAGGUUAACUUUCGAAAGGCAUUGUCCCCCCCCCUCCCUAUCUUCACUGUCGGCAUUACAUUCCCUCUUCCAAAGUAACUCGAAGCAACUACAUCAGUGAAAAGUAUAUAUAUGUAUUGUUCUAAUUUAAUUGAUAUUACAAAGAUGUUGAAGCUUCGAGAGCAGACCGCCUCCCCCCCCCUCUCCCCUCCCCGUCGUGUAACUUUCACCCCCCCCCCCCUCCCCGACAAAGCCUCUUCCCUUACGGUCUCUUGGGCUUCACUUGCGGGCCGUCAACAGGCAUUCGGUUCGUCUAGUCUUCAGUCUAUCCGUGGAAGUCGGAAGUUGCUUUCUUGACGGCGGUAUCCAGCAGACUUGGUUAUAAAUGAACGUAAAAGGGAAAAACGUGCAAAUGCGAGAUUUCGAAACAAAAAAGGUGAUGUCAGAAAUCUUUGGGUCUCGCUGUAUUCACCUAACGUUUUUUUGUCUGUCGACUUCUGUAAUAUAUUAUUUUGUCUUUCUUUGUAUAUAUGAAUGUGCAUAUGUAUAUGUAACUUAAGCAAUGCUUUUUUCAGUUUCGUUUCUGAUCACAAUGACUUCAACUUUGUUUCUGUAUUUUUGUAUGUUUGUUUUUUAUCGAAAGGUUGUUUGUCCUUGGUUAUCACCUGUUUGUUUUGUUUGUUGGUGCCAAGAUGUAAAAGGUUUAAAAACGAAAUGUAAAAAAAAAGCAAAAAAGAAAAUAAAUUUAAAAAGAUGGUGACAUUUUUAGAAACUAAACAGAGUUUGAAGGUGCUAUGAUUUGAGAUUGUAAUAGAUUGUGAAAGAUAAAAAACUCUGUUGGACAAAUAUAUCGCUGAUUAAGAUGAUCUCUACAUAUGUUUAUAUGAAUAUAAAUAAUAUAUAUAUAUUAUAAUGUAUAGAUUUUUAUGAUCCAUACCAAGUCUGUGCUGUUACUAGCCCCCUCGGUUCUUACUUCAUACACACUACAUCUUGUCUUGGCUUCGUAUUUCAUUCACUCGCACACACAUUUCUCUUCACUCAAGAAACACUGUUGAUGGCGAGGUGAUUCCUCAUACUUGAGCAGGUUCGACCACAGCCGAAGUCCAGGCACAUUAGGCCUCCUGGCGAAGGCGUCUGGCGUUGUGUUCAGGAUCUGAGGCUCGAGUAGCAUGGACUCAUUCGAGCAGUCCGAGACUCCUUCCCUCUCGUCCUGUGGGAUUAGGCUUGUGUCCGCAAGAUGGAGGCGAGUCUCGGACUCCAGCCCCACCAAGCUAGUGUAAAUCCGGAUGAGUGCCAUCAAUCACCGCAUAAAUAGACUUAAUUUUACAAUUUUGUAUAUUGUACAAAUGUAUAUUGAGAAUUUGUUAUAAUUAAGAGUUAUUUGUAUUUAGUUGGCUAAUGAACGAGUCAAAAUACCAAAAUGUAGUUUGUCUAAAAAUUCAAAGUGUGUAUCAAAGUUUUGAAAACGAUCAUCAACGAUUUCCAGACUAGACAUGUAUGAUAAUUGACCACAAUUUAUUUACACAUAGAAAGGUUGUACCAUUUAUUAUUUAUUCCGAUGUGGAUAUUAUUUAUGCAUAUAUGAUAGACACAAACAGGCGGGAAAUGCACGCUGGAGGUUGGCUGUCCGGUGCCGUCACGAGUUGCUAGGGAGUAAGUUAGUGAUAUAUUUUAAGACAUUUUGGUCAUUUCCAAGACACAUUUCAUUGUUAAUAAUAUGCUCCAGAAAAUAUAAAUGUGAUUUUAUAUAUAGCGAUACGUACCUAAUUACAGAGAAUAUUUUGUAAGCGAAGCCCGACAGCCGCCGCCUCCCGUGCUUCCCGCGUGUUGCCUGCGUCACAAAGCGAGCAACUGACGAGGUCGGAGGACGAGUUCUGGAAGUGGCACUCGAGACACGUCACAUGUGCUAGAGUCUCGGCCUUCAGUCGACCGGGUGUUAUUUUCAGAAUGAAAUCCAUGCAUUAAUAACUCAAAUAGCUGCAGUUGUUCAGUUGCCACUUAUAUUUUAAUUAUACGAAUUAUUGUCCGUUCUUUACAACACACGUUUAGUCUUCCGUUUAUUUUCUUCAAUGUCUUUACCUGUAUUAAUGGUAAUUGCCAGUUAUCAUUUCCAUAAUCACAAAAUGAUUAUUUUGAGUAAUUAGUUUUUUGUUUACGGUUCACCGACACGUUGACAAAACUAGUGAAGGAUAAGGGUAGCACAAUGUAAAAAAUAACUUUUUAUAUGAUACAGAUUUGAACCGGGACUAAUGUACAAAAGUCACUAAGCGACGCCCGUGACAAGAGAGAAUCACCUAUAAGCCAUAAUGUCAUUAGUGCCACUGUUGCUCAUCGCACUUGUCUUAGGAAGUGGCAUAGGGGGAACCAAGCUAAAUCCAGAUUGUGAUACCGUCAUUUAUUAUUACUGAACUAUUGAUAUGUAAUAUCAUGUUUGAAAAAUAUUGAUUUAUCUUUUCUUCCAAUCACAAAGAAACAUGCGAACCAAAGUUUACAUGCCUUAUUUCCUCUGCUCGGGAUUUGUAGCCUGGUUCCACUCGCGGGCCGUUGUGGCCUCUGGCCGGCUUGGGUGCGAACUCACAGACGUCGCUGAGAGAGGGCGAGGGGGGCGGGGACCCUUCGACUCUCGCUGAGGUCCCCCUCCCCUCCCCUAGUGCAGUGGUGGCUGGGGAGGUGCGGGGGAGGGAGAGGGGGCAGGGAGCGGUGGCGAAGGAGUGGCGGCAAUGGCCACAUGUAUUUCUCCAUCGCCCCCACCCCCCUUCACCGAUCUCCUCCCCUCUCCUUCCCCCGUAACCCCCCAUCACCCACCUUAGCUGUUUAUAAUAUCUCCCCGAACUGUGGCAUAGCUAGUGAUGAUGCUAUAUAAAAGUAAACGAAGAUAAAGCUAUUUUGUUCCUGCCAAAACACGUAAAUAAGGUGUAUUAUCUUGUUACAUUGUAUUUUGUGAAUUUUUUCAAAUAUAUGAUAUGAAAGAUA